GCAGUCAACCGGUCGACCAGAUUCUAAAUUUCUAAUCCCAUGUCAAAACCCUGCUUCCGUCUUCCUUCUCCUCACUCUUCCCUCUCCUCCCUUCUCGAGCCAUGCAAUCCCAAUCCCAAUCCCAAAUCCUCUUUCUUGAAGACUGGCUAAGAAAUACCACCACCAGCACCACCACCACUUCCCAAUCCCAACCCUCACCGCCCGCCUCCGCUCGCGCCAUCCUCCAAGCCUGGGCCAACCUCCGCGGCCCCUCCCCUACUGACCCCGACCGGCUCGUCUCCUCCCUCCUCACCCUCGCCCGCUCCCGCUCCUCCCUCCACGUCGCCGACUCCCAUGCCCGCCUCCUUCUCUCCCUCCUCUCCUCCCCUUCCUCUCCCCUUCCCCCUUCAUCCCUCCCCCCUCUCCUCUCUCUCCUCUACGCCUGGCUCCGCAAAUCCCCCCGCCCCUCCCCUCCCCUCCUCUCCUCCGCCACCUCCACCGUCUCCUCCCUCCUCUCCUCCCCUCCCCCUUUCCUCUUCGCCCACGCCGUCCUCCUCCUCGGCGCCCUUUCCGCCGCCCCUGCCCUCCCGGCCCCCUCCCGCCGCGCCUCCCUCGACCUCCUCUGCCGUCUCCUUGAAUCGAAAGACCCUUUCCCACUCCCCGACGACCUCGUCCCCGAGGUCCUGGCCGGCAUCGGCUACGCUCUCACUACAUCUGAUAACGGCCCCUAUUUCGGCAGGCUUGUUGUUUACUUGCUGGGUUCUUGGAAUGCCGGAGGACGCCCUCGCCCCACGCUUGCUCACGGGCUCCUCAUUCUCCGGCUGGUCGAGUGGUGCGUGCUGGGUUUUAUUGCAUCGAGGUCUACGAGCAAAAUUGAGUCCCUUCGGGAAGAGAUUUCAGUGGAGAAAUGCGAAACGAGGGAUUAUGCUUGGUUUGCUCUCAUAAUGGCCGCUGCUGGUUUCUUGAGGGCUCUCCGUGUGGCUUCUUCUUCUUCGAGUAAUAGGCUUGGACUUGAUCCUAGAUUGAGGAAAUCGAUCGAAGGGUCCAUUUCCUUUGUUGCAAAGUACACAAUUUCGAGUAUUGCAAGUGGUUGUAGUUCGGGAAAUUCAUCGAACGACAACCGCCUUCUUCUGCAGUGCAUUUCUGUGGGUUUAGCUCGAUGCGGUCCGAUUUCUUUUGAUGCCUCUGUGCUUCGUUGUCUCUGUUUGGCAUUAUCGAAUGAAAUAUUUCCUGUACCAUCUUUCAUUAGAAUGAGCCUUGAAAACCUAGAAGGAAGUUCCGCAAUUAUUGGCAUUGACAAGGUGAAAGAGCAUUUAUCUAGUGUUCUCUUCAAGGAGGCGGGCACGGUGACUGCUGUUUUAUGCAAUCAGUAUGCAUUUGCCGAUGAGGACAGCAGGGUUCAGGUGGAAAAUCAAAUGUGGGAAUACUCUCAAGAGCUCUACUCAAAUCUCCGAAUGGCUGCAUUGGCAUAUAGGGGGAAGAACAAUGAGUUGCUUGUGCAUUUGGAGAAAAUUGCAGAGGCUGCAUUUCUAAUGGUGGUUGUCUUUGCUGCUGAGGUUUCCAAGCACAAGUUGAAUUCUAAAUCCUCCCAUGCGUUCCGACCGGAGGUUGCUGUCAAGAUCCUAGUCACAUUUUCUUGCAUAGAGUAUCUGCGACGCACUCGGCUGCCAGAGUAUACAGAUGCAGUUCGGCGUGCUGUUUUGACCAUUCAGGAAAAUGCGGCUUCUUCUGCUUCAUUUGUUGAGUCAAUGCCUUCUUAUGUCGAGCUUACAAAACCACAAGUCUCAUUUGCUUUGGAGGGAAUGCGGUAUACUUGGUCCAAAGAUGAGGUGCAGACAGCACGGAUGUUGUUUUAUCUGAGGGUACUACCAACCUGCAUUAUCCUCAUUCCUGCUUCUUUGUUUGGAAAACUCGUAGCUCCAAUCAUGUUCUUAUAUAUGCAACAUCCAAAUGAGAAAGUAGCUCGAGCUUCACAUUCUGUAUUGGUAUCUUUUCUAUCUUCGGGCAGUGAUGCUGAUCAGGAUGAUCGAUUGGAUCUAAAGGAGAAACUAGUUUUCUAUUACAUGCAGAUAGCUUUAGAGGCCUAUCCUGGGAUUACCCCAUAUGAAGGUAUGACUUCUGGAGUUGCAGCAAUAGUUCGGCAUCUUCCUGCUGGAAGUCCAGCCAUAUUUUACUGUAUCCACAGUCUUGUUGCAAAGGCUACCGAUCUGUGUAGGAAAGCCAUGAGACAAGAUGCCGCCAUCUGGAAGACUUGGGAAGGGAGCUCAGAGCCUUGUAAGAAGAUUUCAGAUUUGUUGCUUCGCCUAAUCUCUCUUGUAGAUAUACAGGUAUUGCCGUACCUACUAAAGCAGUUAGCAGAGUUCAUUGUUCUGCAGCCGAAAGAUGGCCAAAAUGUGCUGCUUGAUGAGCUGUACUCCAAAGUUGCUGAGUCAGAUGAUGUCACGCGGAAACCAGUUCUGGUCUCGUGGCUACACUCACUCUCCUAUUUAUGCUCUCCAACAAAAUCUACUGUCAAAGAUGGCAAUGCAGAAGUUGGCAUUAGUUCCAGUUCUGAUGGUUUAAGCUUAAAUAGGACCACUGCACGUCUGUGACGUUUUGUUCAUCAUGCUUAUAUAAGUAAAAUUUGCAUCGUUUAUAUAAUUAUCAAAAUAAUUACAGAAGGCUGCUGAGUCGGACUACGAGGAGACCGGUUCUGAUCUUCGUGGCCAUGGUUGCGGCUAUUUAUGCUUGCUGACAAAAUCCACUUUGAAAGGUGCAGCGCUGAAAUUAGCAUUAGUUCCGAUGCUGAUGGUGUAUUUGGAAACACAGAUACAAUUAGGGUUGGACACGGGUUAGAUUCGAUCGGAUUGAGACAAAAAUUUUAUCUGAUUGAGUCUAAUUGAAUAGAAGAAAAUUUAAUCCACCGUCGAUUGUUUAUCAUGUAUAAAUUGUCUGAAAUUGAAGUGAACGAUUUGUAGCGGAUUUGGAUA